AUGGCAGCGGUGGCGGAGGAGUGCAUUAGCAAGGCGCGAUCCCAGGCGCACGACGUCGCCAUGUGUCUGGAACCCGAAGAUGUGACUGAAUAUCAAAGAUUGAUAUCCACGGGCCUUUCUUGCUUCGAGGGCAUGCUGCAGAGCACACACCUAGCACCACGGGAAGAGGCCCGGGUCCGCCUGCGCUAUGCCACCGUGUUACAUGAAGAGACGGAGAACAUCAUGGAGGCGGAGACUGCUCUGACCAAGGGCAUUGCGCUGUGUGACAAGCACCGCAUGAUGGACUUGAAAUACUGCAUGCAAUACUCCAUGUUGAAGCUCCUCUUCCAAAGAAACCACAAAGCCGCACUCAAAGCUGUUGAUGGCCAUAUUUCCAACUGUGAGGCCUUCAAGCAUGUGCCAUGGUACUACGCAUUUCGUCUGCUCAAGGCCACCUUUUACAUGGAAAUGGGCAAUGCUUCCGAUACCUCUGCUCUAGAAAACAUUCGAGCCAUUCAGACUGUGGCUUCCACUCGCGGCGACAAGGCGCUCAGCAUUUUUGCCUCUGUCCUUGAGGGCCUGGCGCUGCUCAAAACCGCCAAGGAAGGCAGCAUCGAAAAAGUGCAAGGCUGCAUUGCGCAGGCUGCCAAAUUCCAAUUCGACCCUGCGGUCCGUAUCACGCAACUGGAUAUUUUGGUGCUUCUCUUGGAUUUUGCCGCCAGUUUACACCAUCAGAACCCGGAUGCGACAUCAGCCAAGCUGCGAGACCUGCAGAGGAAAGUUGACGACUGCGAAGACUGGAAAAAUGAUACGGCUUCCAUUGUUGACCCUGGCGAUGGAACCGCGGAAUCAGACAACUUGGUGAUCACGUUCAUGACUAAAAUAGAGCUGCGAUCUCUGAUAUUCAUGUUCAGCGGCCUUUCUUCGCUGCACAAGCCGUCAUCCAAAUCUGCAGACUUUUGGCGCGAAGGCUCCAAGAUUUUAGAGACGUGGGACGAAUCUACACUGGGCAUCCCGUACGGGCCACCGGUGUCACUGCACACGGCGAUCAAGCAACGUCAGUGGCGGACGGAAGGCCAGGCAUACAUAGCCGUCAUGCUUGGACUACUGGAAGCCACUCACUGUCGAUGGGUUACAGUCAAGGUUUAUAUGGACAGGCUCGAAGGUUUACUGUCGGAUGAGUCACAACCGACAUUGAAGCUGCUGGGGCUCUAUCUAUCCGGUGUCUAUCACCAAGGCCUGGGCGAGCUACAAAGUGCCCUGAACAUGUUUCAAAGCGAGAACUUUACCGAGCCUCUCAGCAAAAGCCACGGCCUCAAAGUUGGCGAGCAGGAAGUUGCGAUGCUAGCCGGACUCAACAGGCUUUGGAUCAUGCAGCACGACUCUUGCCGCAACGACCAGGACACGGUUGAUCUCAUUGAGCAGCUGCAGCCCCUCUGCAAUAAUCAUUGGAACAUUGACUUACGCACGGCGUGGCACAAUGUCAUGGCCACUCUGGUGACCGAUCCGCCCCAGCAGCUGAACCAGCAGAAGCAGCACAUCCAAGCAGCCAUGGGUGGCUCCAAGGUCACAAACAACAUUGUCGGCGCCGCCGUGACACUCUGCAUCAUGCGCAGCCGCUUCUUUGAAAACGUCAUAGGGGACCAGGCACUGAAGAGCGCGCGCGCCGCGGCCAAGCAGGCCCAGCGAAGCGGAAACGUCCUCUGGCAGAGUGUCGCUGACGGCAUGCUGGCGCACUCGUACGACGUGCAGGGCCAGAGGGACGAAUCGAGACAGGAGUGGGAAAAGGCGACGAUGGAAGCCAAAGAUGCAUUUAAAAGGAGUUGA